UGUUUCCAGUAUUCUACUAAAACAUGAAUGGGCCACAGAUCUGGAGAAAGAAAGGGAAGGAGACAGGAAGUAGGGAAACAAUGAUGGGCUGUUUAGUUCUUCCCAUGGUCAUCGUAAUGUCCUGCAUGUCUGGUUUGGUGUGGAGUGAGCCAAGACUGUCAAGACAAGAACUGAAUAACAGCCAGCUUACUAAAAACCAUCACGGAUCAAGAGUCAGACGUGGCUGGAUCUGGAAACAGCUGUUUGUGGAGGAAGAGGAUCCAACCCCCAAAAUUAUUGGUCAGCUAAAAUCCAACUACGACACGGAGGACUUCACCAUCAGGUACAUGCUGUCUGGAGAAGGUGCCGGAGAGAUCUUCACCAUGGACGAGUUCACCGGUGAAAUCCACACUCUGAAGAGCCUGGACAGAGAAGAGAAAGCCUUCUAUGUGCUCCGAGCUGAGGCUAUCAAUCGCAGGACUGGUCACCCGGUGGAGCUAGAGUCUGAGUUUAUCAUCAAAGUUCAGGACAUCAAUGAUAACGCACCUCAGUUUAUAAAUGAACCCUACACGGCCAGUAUUCCAGAAAUGAGUCCACCAGGGACCACAGUGGUUCAGGUGACAGCUACGGAUGCAGAUGACCCUAUGCUUGGAAAUAACGCCAAACUCUUCUACUCCAUCCUGCAAGGAGAGCCCUACUUCUCAGUGGAACCAAAAACAGGCAUAAUUGUGACUUCAUGGACAAACAUAGACAGAGAAGCAAAUGAGAAGUACCAUGUUGUGGUUCAGGUGAAAGACAUGCUGGGACUGACCGGUGGCUUCAGUACUACGACAACUGUGACGGUCAUCCUUACUGAUGUCAAUGACAAUGGGCCUACCUUCCAGCACAACUUGUACACGUUUGUAAUAGCAGAAUCAGCACCGGUGGGAAUGACAGUUGGUAGGGUCAUGGCAGAAGAUGCUGAUGUUGGUGUGAACGCCAGGAUGAACUACAGUCUAGAUGAUCUGGAGGAAAGCACCACUUUUAUUGUCAAAACAGACCCCAUCACACAGGAGGGUAUAGUGACACUGGCCAAGCCUUUAGACUACGAGACCAAGCGUCGAUUUGUCAUCGCUAUCGAGGCCGUCAAUGAGUAUGUGGACACCCGAUUUCUAACCCUUAAUGAAUUUCGGGACAGGACGAUGAUCAAAAUUCAAGUAACAGAUGUGGAUGAACCGCCUAUUUUUUCUGCAUCUGUCUAUGAGUGGAAAGUUCUAGAGAACGCACCUACUGGCACACCGGUUGGCACAAUCUCUGCCCGAGACACAGAUGCUGAGAAUAACCCCAUCAGAUUUUCAAUAAGCAAGAACAGUGACUUGAAGAAAAUCUUCAGGAUUGACCCCAACAAUGGAACUGUGUCCGUCAUUAAACCUUUGGACCGAGAGACAGCAGCAUGGCAUAAUCUCACUGUCACUGCUCAAGAGACCAAAAACAAUCAGCUGUCCUCAUCAGUCCCGGUAGUGAUUAAAGUCCUGGAUGUUAAUGACAACAUGCCCAUUCUGUCAAGCGAUUACAAGCCGUUUGUAUGUGAGGGCACACAGGCUGGCGAGCUUAUUGAGCUCAUCAGUGCUGUGGAUGCAGAUGAUCCAGCAGAAGGCCAUCAUUUCUAUUUCUCUAUGGUGCCAGAUAAACACAUCAACCCCAACUUCACCAUCAGGGACAACCAAGACAACACAGCAGGAAUCUUGACACGCCGCAGCACAUUUACACGCCGUGAUCGGAAAUUCUAUCACCUUCCCGUGGUCAUAACAGACAGCGGCUCUCCUGCCCUCUCCAGCACUACCACCCUUACCAUCAGCGUGUGUACGUGCCAGCCUACAGGGUACUGUCCAUCAAGUGGAGUGGAGGCGCUGGCUCUGUCUAUGGGUCUUAGCUUGCCGACCCUUCUAGGCCUUAUUAUGUGCCUUAUCAUAGUCAUAGUUCUCACCCUACUGAUGCUCGCUGUGUGGAGACACAGGACACAGCGACAGCGAAAACUAGCCGCCCAGGAGUUGGACACUGAAGAGUACUCAGAAAAAGUCGUACACUUUGCCGACAGUGGCGCCAUUCUGGACGCAGACAGCUUCAGUCAGCCCGUCCAACUGAGGAAACACCCUCAUCGCCGUGGCCGUGCAUUCCACAGGGACGAAGUCGUAGCGAGCAUCCGCAUGUCCCUGUGUCACUCGCAUCUCAUCGGUCCAGAAGACGAAGUCUUCCGCCAGUUUAUCAUCGACCGGUUAGCCGAGGCCGACCAGGACCCCUGCGUACCUCCCUUCGACUGCUUGCACACUUAUGACUUUGAGGGUACCGGGUCACCCACCGGCUCUCUUAGCUCGUUGGAAUCGUUGACCUAUGAACCCAGUGUGGAACGAUCACAUGAUCUCGGGCCAUGUGGGUUUAGACUUUCUCCUUGGCGUGGAGCUGGAGGCAAUGAGACUUCAUUCUGAACAGAGCUGAAAUGUUCAGAAUGAGUCUGGAUGCAUCUCUCAUCAUCUAUUGACACUACGGACAUUGCCAUUGGUUGGAAAUUGGAGGUGUCUGUUUGGCAAGAAGCUAAACAUGAUGGCAGGCUAAAGAUGUAUUUAUUUAGCUUUUUUGGGACACUGUUGUUAUAUUUUAUAUCAAAUAUAUGGUGCCAGCACCAAGA